AUGGGAAACGCUCCGUCGACGUUCAAAGAGCCCGCUGCACCGCCGCCCGGCUGCCCCAUGCACCAGCAGCCACCCUCGCCGCCUCCUGGCUGUCCGAUGCACACUCCGGACGGCGCAGUGGCGCAACACGCACCGAUGGGGACUGUGAACGCACUGAACAACAUGCCAGACCUCGCACAGGCACCCUCGCCCGGACAAAAGCAGUACCUCCCGCUCGAGCGCACCAUCUCGUCGAUUCCUCGCGCUCCCUCUUCGACUUCGUCGGCAUCGGCUUGUCCGGUUGCGUCAAGCUCGGCGGGACCGACGACAGCAGGCACGCAGGCGACGCAGCAGGCCAAGACGGACCAGUGGGAGUACCCGAGUCCGCAGCAGUUCUACAACGCGCUCGUUCGCAAGGGUUGGGAGACGCCCGAGGAGAGCGUCGAGAUGAUGGUCAAUAUCCACAACUGGAUCAACGAGGAGGCGUGGGCGCAGGUCAGGCGGUGGGAGGAGAAGCACCCUGGAGGCGAACGCUCGAUGCUUGCUAGCUUCCAAGGACGCCCGCAAGAGCUGUCACCAAAGGCUCGCUACCACCUCAUGAUGGCUAAGCUGUUCCCGAACUACUAUGCCGGCAUCCGACCAUUCGACCGACACGACUGGACAAUCCACAGACCAGUACCGGCGGGCUCGGGCGGAUCCUCGUACAUGUCGGGUGGACCGACGAUGCCCUUCACCGCUCAUCGCUACGUUAUCGACUACUACCACCUGCCGAACGACGAAGACGGCAACCCAGUCUUCUCGCUCGACGUUCGGCCAGCGGUCGACGACUUUGGAGCCGUACAGGAGCGCGUGUCGGAAUGGUGGAGGCUCAAGAAGGAGACGUGGUUUGGCGCGGGACAGUCGAGCAACCUCCCUCCUGGCGUCAAAGUGCAGGAGGAGCGAUAG